AUGCUCGGACUCAUUCAAGACGUAGAAAAGUCGCUCGCGUCCGCCUUUGCCGGUUCUUGUGGCUUCUUGCUAGUUGGUCGCACGGUCCAACCCGAUACGCAAACGUACAUGAGGCAUCCGGUGGCGUCGGCCGCGUGCCUCACACUGUCGCUUCUUGGCGUCCAUAGCGACUACAUAGACGUGGUAUGUGUCUGA